UUCUCGUCCUUCCAAAUCAGAUUUUUACUGCACGUGUCCAGCCCAAUAAGUGACACAUCACAACUUCAUGACACGCAUUCUUUAUACACUGGUCUAAAAAAAAUCAAGAAAAUAAUCGAGCAAAGCAGAAGCUAAACGAAUCCAACACUCGAAGGAUUUGAAUCCUACCAGCUACAGAACACCUUGACGUAAAAAAUGGGGGCUACUUCCUCCAGCAGGGAAUUUUCUACAGAAGAAAGGGAGACAAAAGAGCUAGAAAGCUGUCUAGCUGGUUCAGGGGUUUUGUCGAUGCUACAAACAGCAUUCUUUACCUUGGCCGGAUCUUCCGAUAAAAAUAGCACCAAUUUCGCUAAAGCUAGCAUUUCUGCUUCUGCCUUAGAGGAAUGUUUUCGUUGCAGGUUCCUAAAUUUCGAAGCAAAAGAUUAUUCAGUAUCUGCAGAAUUUCCUAAGUUGCUUGGUGAGAUAAGUGCAACAAUAGUUUCAACACAUUUUACAUCAGACAAUGGACAAGUAUUUUGGCCAGCAUUCUUGAAAGGUUAUGAUAAGUGUUGCAAAAAGACACCUGUGGCUCUAUCCAUCAAUCUGCUAAUCAGGCUAUUUCAUGAUGUCAGGAGAAGGACUGAUAUUCCUUCAAACAUUGAAAUUUCAGAAGAUGAUGAUAACGAUAAAUUUGGCGGGCAUCUUAGUGAAAAUGAUAUAUGUGACUUUUUGUGGUUCUGUUGGGUCAUGGAGCAUAAUGCAAAGUAUGUGGAUUUCUGUGAUAAUAAGAUGAAUGAAAAUACUAUAAAGCUCCCGGAUAUAAAAUGCCUUGUAAGUUCUGCAAUUGUAGCCUUUUCUGGAUCCAACCUGGAACAGCUGCACAUAGAGGAUUCAAAAGAUACAAGAGCAUCAAACAUUGAAAUACCAGUACAGAGUCUAUAUUCUUGGAUUCUUGCAACAAUUCCAGGCCUUGCUUAUUGUUUACCACAAUAUGUUGAAAAUGCUCUUCAAAGAACCAGUUUAAGUUCCUUGGUUCCAGUGCAUCCUUCUUCACAAACAGAUGAGGUGCAUUCUUCAGGUCAGAUUGUGGUGGAUUCAGGGUUAUUGACUUCUGGAACAGCAUGGGCAAUUGCUCUUUCAUUUCGACCUUCAUUAGGUGGAGGACUCCUGAUGACAUCUUUCAUGUCUGUGAGCCAUUCAAAAGUCCUUCCAGAUCUUGUAUAUCGGUCUUCUCAGCAUGGCAAGGGAAUGAACAGGUUUUGGUCUCAGGUUGAUGGUUACAAUGGGCCAUUACUCGUUCUCAUAUCUGGAAGCUCAAUGGAAGAAGAACAUGACAAUCUAGUUUGCAGAAAAUGGAUCAUUGGAGCAUUUACAAAUCAAGGUUUUGAGAACAAGGAUUCAUUUUAUGGGAGCUUUGGUUGUCUUUUUGCUGUAAAACCCAUUUUUCGGUCUUUUUUACCAGAUGGGCGUGACAAGAACUUUGUUUAUAGCCACCUGCAUCCUCUUGGCAGAGUGUAUGAACCGCGUCCCAAACCUGUGGGUAUUGCAUUUGGUGGAACCUUAGGCAGCGAGAGGGUGUUCCUUGAUGAAGACUUUGCAAAAAUAACUAUUCGGCAUCAUACAGUUGAUAAAACAUAUCAUGCAGGUUAUCUUGUUCCUGGUCAGGAGUACUUGACUUUGGAGGCUUCAGUUUUAGAUGUAGAAGCUUGGGGUUUUGGUGGAAAAGUAGCAGAGCAAGAACAAGCUAUGCACAAGCAACGGGAGCAACUCUUCACAGAGCAAAGACGGAAGGUUGACCUGAAAACUUUUGGGAAUUGGGAAGACUCGCCAGAAAAGAUGAUGAUGGGUCUAAUGUCUAAUCCAGAUAGAGUGAAACGUGAGGACCGUUAAAUGAUUUCAAAGUGCAUUUCCUGUUUCUUUUGUAGCAAUUCAUCUGUUGUCCACAACAGAAGUAGUACAAGGAAAUAACUAUUUUCAAACAAGUAUAUGCAUGUCUUUAGUACAUAACAUUUUUCCUACAAGCUCUAGAUGUAGGAUGAAUUUUGCAGCAAGAGAUUGCAAACUCAAAGAGAGUAGCAGAAAGUGAACUUUUGGAAGACAAGUCAUAUGCAUGAAGCAUCCCCACCAGAAUCAGUACCAUGAACAACUGCGAGUCCAAUGAGCAAGUGAUAUUGUGAAACAUUCAUAGAACAAACAUAACAUUAAGUGGAAAAAUUCUUCCUAUGGGGUGGGUCUCAAACACCCUUGAGGUGUACCUGCUAAGGGUCAACCAUAAAAAAUAGAUCUUUCUCUUCACCUACAGUGACGGUAAUAUUAUUUUGUAAAUUGUUUAUGUUUAUAUGUUUUUCCUAUGAAAUUCGAUCAGAAGAUGAGUUUGUUCUAUGAUUGGAUUAUUAAUCUACUGUUGGUAGUACUGUAAUUGCGGUAGCUAAUGCAAUUUAAGUUCUAUGA